UGUCAAGCUGUCAGAAUGAAUGCGCAGAGUCAACUCGUCCACUGCGGCUGGCUACUGGUAUUGCUAUCGCCGCUCAACCUGGUAGCCUGCUACGGAGAUCUCAGUCGCAGCCGCUUGACGGCCCAGGCGGAGCACAAUUUGGCUGCCAUUACGAAGCAUGCCAUGGUUCAGGCCACAGAGCUGGUAGAUAGUGUGGUCGAUGAUCUGCUCGUUCUGGACUCACAGAACCCCAUAAUACUCGGCUAUCUGAGCAACUUCGAGGCGUUCCUUGCCAUUGACAACAACCACACAAAGGAAGCGCUGCAGUCCUUCUAUAACAUUGUGGGCGUGUAUCUGGAUGCAGAUGUCGCCGAGAAGACGUCGAGCAUUGAGAUCCAAUUAAUUGCCAUGUGUCUGCAGCGCACUGGCUUUGAUAGAUGGAAGCGCACGAUUCAGAUGCGAUCCACCCAAUUACUCAAAUCCUUUGGCAAGAAGCUCAAAAAGUACAUGGACACGCUGGACCAGGAGGAACGUUUGGGCCUGGAGCUGAGAUGGAAACGCGUUAUAUCACGCGGCGGUCAAAGGAAACUGGAAAAGUUCCGAGAGUUUGUUACUUGGCUGGCGAGAUAAUCCAACUGAAUAUUUACACAGUUUUCACAUAAAACUUAAUUUAUUUCUAGAAAUAAGAAUUAGAU